AUGGAUACUACUGGAAGCCCUGACCCAAAUUCCAGUUCUUUGGAUAGACAAGCUGAAAAUGAUGUUGAAGAAAAGGUUGAUCCAACAAGUGUGGACGAAGCAUCAAAUACAAACACUAUGUUUGUUGUUGGAGAUAGUGACGGAGAUGCCGACUCUAAUGGUAAUGAUACUAACGAAGAAGGUGCGAAGACUGUAACUGAAACUGCCCUAUCAAUUAAUACAGAGGAUGAUCAUGCAAACAACCUAGCAAAGGUUGAGGAUUCAACCAAUGGUAAGUCCACAGAUGAAUUAUCAAAAGAUUGCAGGGUUGAAGAGUCAGAAGUUAAUAAAUCAAUUGAAACUGCUGUAAAUGGAGAAGCUGAAAUUGUUAUCGAAGAGGAGGUUACGGAGCCCGAAAUACCAGAAGAUAACGAGAGUUCUAGACAUGUAGAUUUGGUAACCAAUAAAACUCACGAAACUGGUAAUUGUGUUCUUGAAGAAGUUGAAAUGAAAGACUCAGAUAUAGUUGAGGAAAGACCGGAAAAACAAAUCCUAGACUCCAAAGCUGGAGAAUUAGAUAUGAUACAAAUUACGGAAACACCACAACCGGAAGAGAAAGCAGAGCAUCUUUUGACGGGGCCAGAGGAAGUACAAAACUCUGAAAUGCCUAAAAGUGACAAUGCAUGGAAAGAUGAGGAAGAUAUUGAAACAAAUACUGAUACUGAAGACCAAAAGGAAGAUAUACUAACUCAAGGUCCAGAGGCACAAAAACUUUUUAAGGAGAGUGCCGGCCAAAUUGAUGAAAAUUUUGAGAGACAAGAGGAUAUCAAAGAGGAGGAUCAAACUUCCAAUGCGGGCAUGCCUAAUGAUUCAAGGGAAGAAAAACAUGAUAUUCCAUUACCUCCCAUUUAUAGGUAUCAUCGUCCAGCAUCAGUAGAAUCGAAAUUGAGUGCAUUGACAAAAAAUUUUGUAUUUGCAUUAGCGGUAGUUGAUUUUCAUCAUAUUCAUGGUCCGGAGUUAACACAUUGGCUAGAUAAGGACGGAACUUUGACAAAUGAUGAAAAAGUUGCAAAGUGGCGUGAGGUGUGGCCAUUUUUAGCUUUCCAAGGAUUGCCCGAUGGUGUACAUAUGUACGAUGAAACAUUUACACAUUUCACUCUAAGAUACGAUCAAUUAUUAGAGCGUGGCGUUGAGUUGAGUGACGAGAAGAUCGACAUUUACAAGGAAGGAAUUACAAGCUAUGCAAGUAGUGGUGACAACGAGGAAGGGAAGAGAUCUAUUUUAGAAAUGGAAGAUCCAAAUCAAGGUACCGUUACAUUAUUUGGGUGUGCAUGUAUUAGGCAGAUUGAGAGUAAGAAACUUAACAAUGAGGAAGACAUCAAAAGAAGUAUUGUCCAGAAAUCAGUUUUAUUGAUUACCAGGGCACCCUUACCGAUCCAGAUGAAGGAACAAUUAAGUAUUGUCACGCAAGCAUGGUUUGAACAGUUCAAUUUCAAAGAUAUUGAGAUAUUGACCUCUUUCUAUGACACGUUAGAUGCUACUUACAACUUGAAUGGUUAUAUCAUUGAGCAUGAUGAGGAUGAGAAGCUCCACUUAGAAGGGAAGAAGGUUAUCAAGGAGAGUGACUUUUAUAUGGGGUUAAACUUUCAGGCGUGUGUUGAGAAAUUGAGAAGGAACUUACUUUUAAUUUUCAAGGCAUUAAUAACAGGGGAAAAGAGGAUUCUAAUAUUUUCUAAGCAGUUGAAUGAUCUAUCCAAUAUACAAUAUUGUUUAAUUGGGCUUGUAACCAAUUUAUUACUAAAUUUAGGAGAUUGUGGGUUCCCAUUUUUGGAUUCCACUUUAUUCAGGGAAAUAAAGAAAUGUCAAUCAAUGAAAAGUUCUGACCGUUGCAGUGUGAUGAACUUCUUGGGGUUACCGUUAAACAUUUUUGGAUUGAAUAAUUUCUUCCAACCAUAUAUGACAUUACAACAGCUCGAGGAAAUCUAUAAUUGUAACGUCAAGAGUUUUCUAAUUGGUACUAGCAAUGACAUUGUAUUGGAGAAUAAGAGGGAGCUUUUCGAUAUUGUUGUUUAUCUCGAUGAAAGAGAGAACGGGAUAUUUGGCAGUGGAGGAUGUAAGAUUGAGAUUUUUGACAAUGAGCUCAAGGAGUGUGGACUAACAUGGGACGACAAGAAGUUUAUUGAUUUUAUAGUUGAGAGUGUCAUUGCACGUAAGAAUGGGGAAGACCUCAAUACGAGGGAGGGUGAUGAUGAUGCAUUUAAUGGCAAGACUGUCAAUGCAAACACUUCUAUUGAGAAUGGUGAAUACAAGGGUGGGAACGAAUUCAUCAGAAGCCAAUUUGAAGACUAUCUAAUUGGAUUUUUGAGCUGUAUCAAAUACGACAACUUUCUAAGUAACUAUAAGAAACAUAAUCAAUUGAAUUUGGAUAUCUACGAGAACGAUAUUGCGAGAUUUGGGGUCAAGUAUGUGGAUAUGUUUACCAAGAGCAACGUUUACAAGUAUUGGAAUCUUACCACCGAGGAUGAGUUCUUCAACCUCUUUGAGCCCAUGCACGCUUGUCGGAACAUUGACGUUAAGAAGUUCAAGGGGGGCGAGGUGAUCAAGGGAUGGUUUGAGAAACUCAAGAAACAGGGAGAACUAAAUAAGAAGGAGAAAGAGGUUGAGAUGGUCAGAGAUAAUGGCUCUAGCGAGUCUAACGAUAUAGACGAUACAGGAAAAAUAGUUGAGAUAGUUCGAGAUGGUGAAGUAGUUCGAGAUGGUGAAGUAGUUCGAGAUGGUGAAGUACUUCACCAAGACAACAACGUGAUACAAGGCUCAGCUAUACAAAAGAAGUUUCGCGGAUUUUUCGGGUGGAAAUAA